AUCAUGCAUCUGCUACCGGAAACUGAUUGUGGGCCCAAGGCAUGGGCAGUGCUCAAGGACCUGCACGCUCCGACAUCGGUUGCCGCUUCUCUCAUGCUGGAUCGGGAGCUGUCCAUGCUGCGGUUGAGCGAGAAUGAACCUGUGCAGCCCGUUCUGGACAAGAUGAGGGAACUCUACGCGAAAUUGGCGAUUGCGGGCAUCACGUACCCUGAGCAGACUAAGUGUCUCAAGAUGCUCAGCCUGCUGCCCGAGUCUUGGCUGCAAUUUAUAAGCGGACUCAGCUUGCCACAAAACCAAAGUCAAUGGACAUUGGAGUGGAUUCGCACCAAGAUUCUGGAAGAAGAUUUUCGUCGCUACACACUGCGCGGAGGUGAUGACAGCACCAGCGGCUAUGCCAUGCAAGGGACAUGGAGGGAUCGAGGGCGUGGCAAUCGCGGUCGCUCUUACUACAGCCAAGGUGGUCGCGGGACUUGGAACCAGCGGGGGCGUGGUGGCGCUGGUGCAAGAGGAAGAGGUGGUCACUCCAACAAUGACAACAGUGAACCACGCUUGAGGGGAGAGUGCUGGUAUUGCAAGGAAGAAGGGCAUCCAUGGUUUCGCUGCUCUACCAAGCCCGACUGGUGGACCCCUUGGAACCAAUCGCAAAAGGGGAAUGGAGGAAAGCAACCACGUGGAGGUGCCAACAUGGUAGCUGAUCCUGCUGAAGAAACCUCCAAGGAUGACAGAGGAAUGGGAAAUGAGGAGAGGAAUGCUGGACAGUUCUACCAUGACUUGCUGGAUGCUGUGCGAGCGCCUCCAAUCUCUGAAGUGCGCUCAGCAUCCGGACAUGCAGUGAAGGUCGCUGGAGUUGGUCGAGCUGCAUUCAGAGCACCUGAUGGUGGACUGGUUGUGCUGAAGGAUGUCUUACUCGUACCGGGGCUGAAGGCCAAUCUGAUAUCGCUGCGCAAGCUAGGCCAGGCCGGAGUCAGCACCACCACCAAUGGAUCCAAAACAUUCAAGGGGCUGCGAGGAGAUCGUGUGUUAUGGGAUUUACACGAAAGCAGGGAUGUCUUCAAAUCCAUGUGGCAGAUCCCUGCGCUGAUAUGGGAAUCAACAAAGAAGGAGCUGGGAGUAGUAAAGGCGGGAUCUGGAGUCCAGGGGGAGUGCAAUGCAGUUAGUGCUGCAGGAGUGAUGGUUUCUGCAAGGUCGGGGGAGACUGAUUGGGAAACCGCACACAGGCGUCUAGGGCAUGUGGCUAUGCCAUUGCUGCAGCAACUGCAUAAGGAAGAAGCAGUAAAGGGGCUGAAGCUUUCUGGGCAACCAAAUGAUACCAAGUGCGAGACGUGUCUGCUGAGCAAGUUCACACGGUUCCCCUUUCACGGUGUAGCUGGGAAAAGCAAGGCAGCACUGGAACUGGUGCACAUGGACCUGGUAGGACCUUUUCCAGUUCAAGGAAGAAAGGGGGAAAGAUACUUCCUAACAAUAGUUGAUGACUGGAGCCGGCUGAUGUGGGCAUACCCGUUGAAGCAGAAGGAUCAUGCUGCCUCAACAAUACGAGAUGACUGGCUGCCGCUCGUCGAGCGACAAUCUGGGCACCCAUGCAAGAGCAUCAGAACCGACCGAGGUGGAGAGUUUCUAGGAGGAGAUCUGACUGCGUGGCUCAAGAAACAAGGCAUUGAGCAUCAGCUAACGACGUCCUAUACCCCUCAGUCAAAUGGCGUUGCUGAGAGGGCUAAUAGGACCAUCCUGGAAACUGCGCGAGCGCUGCUGAUCGAAUCAGGGCUGGGGAACUCCAUGUGGCCUCACGCGGUGAGGCAUGCUACAGUGGCAAGGAACCGCGUACUCACAAAGGUAGCUGAUGAUAUGUGGGUGCCGCUGGAGAGGUGGCUUGGAAAGAAGCCUCCAGUGGACAUGCUCAGAGUGUUCGGAUGCAUGGCAGUGGCGCAUGUCCCUAAACCGUACAGGACAAAGCUUGGAGCAUCUGCACUGUGGUGUGUGCACCUUGGGCUUGCGGCAGAGAGCAAGGGGUGGCUACUCUGGGAGCCCUCAAAGAAUGUGCUGUUUGACAGUCGGGAUGUCAAAUUUGUGGAGAACAUCAUGUAUGGCAAGUGGGAGAAGCAGCCGGAGGCAAGGGUCACCCAGCAGCUGGAAGAGAUCACUAUGCACUUCGAUCUGUCCGAACCUGUGGACAGCGAAGUCACUGCGCCAACGGCAAGCGGUACUGAUGAAGGAAGCAAUGAGGAUAUUGCAGCUGAUGCUGAAGUCAAGGAUCCGGAGCAGCAGCAGCAAGAGGCUUCCAAAACACCAAGUCUGCCAAAGCGAAGGAAACAGAUUGGUGGGGGGACAAAGGAUUGGGUGAAGGUGAAAGAAUGGGUAAAUCCAACCAUCUACCCUGCACGUACCAGAAUGGCAACAAGAAAGCUGCUGAGCUCUACAAGUGAAGGAGCCACAACUGAGCAGCAGGAACAGGCUCAAGGCGAAGAUACAGUGCUGUUCUUGGGUGAUGACCAAGAGUCAGAUGACGAGGAGCCUGCAUACUGCUUUUACGCACCAAUACAACCUCCGAGCAUGGAUCAUGCGCUAGCCGGGCCUCAACGGGGGAAAUGGCUCGUUUCAAGAGAUGCAGAGUACAACAGCCAGAUGGAGAACCACACAUGGGACCUGGUGUACUUGCCAAAUGGGAAGAAGGCAAUACAGUGCAAGUGGCUGGCAAAAAUCAAGACGGAUGAGAAAGGAGAGCCAUCAGUUUACAAGAGCAGGCUGGUGGCAAAGGGGUUUCAGCAGAAAGAGAAGGAAGAUUACAAAGAAGUGUUUGCCCCAACUGCUAAGUCUCCAACGCUACGUGUGCUGCUGGCGGUAGCUGCUGUGCGCAAAUGGAAGGUGAAGCAGAUGGACAUCGUAACCGCUUUUCUGUACGGCAUUGUGGAAGAGGAGGUGUACAUGGUUCAACCACCUGGCUAUGAGGAUGGAACCGGUCGUGUCUGCAAACUUAACAAGGCCAUCUAUGGCUUGAAGCAGGCCCCGAGAUGCUGGUACAACAGGCUGGCCAGUGCACUGGAAGGGAUUGGAUUCCGUGCGAGUGCAUGCGACGAGAGCCUGUUCCUGAUGGGAGAGGGGGAGUCACUUGUGCUUCUGCUGGUGUACGUGGAUGACAUCCUGCUCUUCAGCAGCAGUGACAAGGAGAUCGAUGGGGUGCAGCGGAAGCUCACAGAGCAGUUCAAGUGCAAGUCACUUGGACAGGCAAGGUACUACCUGGGAAUGCAUAUUGAGCGGGAUACUGAACGUGGCUGGCUCAAACUGCAUCAGGGACAAUACAUCAACACCUUGGCUGAGAAGUACUCUCUGCAGGAAGAACGGGAAGUGGUCACACCUUUGCCUUCCGAGUUCAAACUCAUAAAGGCAGCUGAAGGAGAAGGAGUUGAGAGUGAAGACCAGAGGCAAUUCCAAUCCAUGGUCGGGAGCCUACUCUACGCUGCUGUGCAUACUCGGCCUGACAUCAGCUUUGCUGUGGGACAGCUGGCUCGAGUAGUGCAAAAUCCAACAGAAGAGCAGUGUGGUGCAGCGGAGAGAGUGGUGCGCUACCUCAAGUCAUACCCUACAGUGGGAGUACAGUAUUCAGCCUCUGCUCAACUCAGUCAAAAAGGAAUUGAAGUCGUCAAAGAGAAGGGGGAGCAGCUCGGAGAAGGAAAGGUGUUCCUUUCCUGUUUUGCUGAUGCCACGUGGGCUUCUGAGCAUGAGGAUUCAUCAUCAGUUCGUGGAUACAUCUGCAUGGUGGGAGGUGGGCCUGUAAGUUGGAGGUCCAAGAAGCAGUCUGAGACGGCACUAUCUUCAGUGGAAUCUGAGUACAUGGCGAUGUUUCAUGCGGCAAAAGAAAUCAUCUGGCUAAGGAGGCUCUUGAAGGAGAUCGGCCAUGAACAGACUUGUGCGACACCUCUGUUCAGUGAUAGCAAGGGAGCCAUUGCCAUGGCACGCAAUGCAGUUCUUCAUGGGUUGAACAAGCACAUGAGGAUCAAGUGGCAUUGGCUGCGGAAGGAGGUGAAGCUUGGGACACUGGAUCCGAUCUACGUGAAAACUCAGCAACAGCCAGCCGACUUCCUUACCAAGCGGCUAGCUGAAGAGCCACACUGGCGCUGUGCGAGGAUGGCGGGAAUGUCCUUGAACUAGCGACGGCGAAACAAGCCGACAGUCUGAGGGGGAGUGUGUUGGUGCAUAUUCGUUUGCACGUCAUCCUGUCGUCUGUUCGCAUCAUUUCGUUGCAUGUGUUUUGUGUGCUACGUUGUUUGUAUGGUUUG